ACGGUCAGUCUGUUGUUUGCCUUCUGCGUGGUGUGGCGUGUUUUUGGCGGCGUCCUACUUCACCAUUAGAUUUGUUUAUUCGUUCAGUGACAGUCGCAUUGGCAUAAAGGAAGUUGUGUGGUGUCUCCAACGUCGACACUUUGUCAUGGAGAACGACGCACAGAAGCUCAUCGCCAUUUCACUUGGAAAAAUAGCUACAUCGCGAAGCCAGCGUGGUGGACCAAGUUUGCAUCGAAGCUUGCUUGUGGCUACUGUUCUGUACAAAGCUCGCACCACUUACGUCGAUGAAGCUCCACAAGAUCUAGGAUCCCCUCCCGCCUUAGGCACGCCUUGCCACGAGGAGGCCGAUGAAAAUUUGGAUGCUGCGUGCACUUCGUCAAACGAGGCCUCGUCGAUUGCUAACCCUAACCGGCUGGUGACGGCCGCGUCACCUGUGACGUCACCGUACGAGGAUUGCGAUAGCACGGACAGUGAUGAGCUCAGCGAUGACAAGGAGAACGUACAGCCUGCGAGCAGCGGUGACCGUCAGGGCUUCGACACGGACCCACAACCCAUGUCACGGUGUUUAAAGCGACGCAGGGCUCUUUCUGUGGAAGACGAUGACUGUGGAAGUGGUAAACGUAGCAAGAGGGACGGCGCCCAUUGGCGGCGGUCAUCUUCACUGUGCUCCGUGGACUCUGAUACGGACAGUGAUACGGAUUCUACGUUCGCAGCAGACUAUGAAUCGGAAUUCGGUGUUAGCCCAACGGACGCUCCCAUGGAAGUAGAGUCCAUAUCCAAUUUAGUGUUAGCGUUUAAUUCUGGUUUCAAGGGCCUGUCAGAGGCGACAUGGGGUAGUGUUGUAGAAAAUUGUGAACACUUGGACGACCACAAGCUGGCUCCUCUGCGGAGGGGAAUUUCUCUUCCAGACCUGUGUGCCACACAGUCGGAAGUUCAUAGGACUUCGUUCGAAAUGUCACCAACGGCCUUGGCUCUUACAGUAUGACAGUCGAGACGUUUUCGUUGUCUGUGGUGCUCAUUUACAGUGGAGCUACAUUGCCCUUUCGUCCUAGUCAUGAAAGAUGUUCACAUUGUAUAUACGUGGUUUGACUGUCUCCGAGAUGGAUGUGUACAUAUUGCCCAGUUGUGAUAUAUAUGUAUAUUUUUCUACUGACUCAACGCAACACUUGCAAGCAUGUCCUAUUGUGAAUAAAUAUGUGGACAGCUAA